UGUUGUUAUCUGCACGGAUGGAGCCGCAGGGCCUAGUGUUCAUGAAGAUUGUCUAGACUUCUGGCUCUGGUACUCGAAACAAGGAGCCAAGAUGUCGUAGAUGUCGCUUCUUCCUAACACAACUACACUUCUGUUGUGUGAAUAAGCUAUGGGAACGAACCAUAGUCGACAUUGUGAAAAAAUAAGCAUGAGCGACGAAGAUUUACUUGCUCGUUUGGCUACGGCCGCUUAUAAAGGUUGUGAAAGAGAUUUGAAAAAUUUAUUGAAAGCAGGCGCUUUUAGAUUUAUAGAUGAUUUUACAAUGCGUGGCAAGUCAGCUUUACAUAACGCCGCAAGAAGUGGACAAUGUUCCUGUGUUAAAAUCUUACUUGAACAUAAUGCUUAUGUGAAUAUUGCUUCGUAUGAUCGUCGAACACCGCUCAUGGAAGCGGCAGAACAGGGGUAUACGGAGUGUUUGAUAAUGCUUUUAAACUACGGUGCUGAUCCAAAUACUGUAUCAACAGAUCAAAUGACUGCUCUACAUUAUGCCGCGAGAAACGGCCAUUCUGAUUGUGUUGAGAAACUAUUACAAAGUGGUAGUAAUGUAAAUGCUAUUGCCUCGGGAGGAUGGACAUCUUUACAUUUUGCAGCAAGACAUGCACAUUCAACUUGUGUCAAGUUACUGCUUCAAUAUAACGCUCAAGUCGAGCCGCCGACAACUAAAAGAGUAAGUUCAUAUGUCGUUUAUGUUUACUUUUACAAGUUUAUGUCAUUCAAUGUUAGUUUGUACGCUGCGCAUGAGAAUAGCUCGAGAGUGAGAGGAAAGAACGAGCUUGUUGUUACGAUUGAAGUGUCGAUCAUUGCCUAUUUCAACCCAGAUGGCCGCAUUCUUCGCAUCUUUUGUGCUUAAUACACACCGCCGUUUAUUUCGUGCUUAUCUACGUGUCUGCAUGUUCGAACUAACUUCGUGUUUGAUCAAAUAUCGUUUGUAUUAAACGUAAGAUAGAAUAGCACUACAUGAUUGCAAUAAUUACUCUUAAAUCUUCGUGACAAACAAUCACAGAUAUGGAAAUAAUAACUUAUAUCGAAAUUCGCACCUCGCCAUCCAUUUUUCUGACUAUAUUGAGAUAGAAGCGAGGAAAAAUGCAUGUAAGAUUUUACGACAAGGAUUGUGUUUGAUUUCAGCGUGUUAUUUUUGUUCCAAUUUGUUUAUAUCUAAGCACCCGCCAUGAGAUCUGAAUACGCUUAGCCAACCCACUAUUUGACGCCAUAAUGUCCGCGAUAUUUCGUAUUUCGUUAUAAUUGAGUAUUUAUCUCACUAUCUUGCAAUUUCCCCGUUUCAUGUUAUUAAGAAACUUCUUUAACAGCGUAAGAGACAGCAAGUCUAGCUUGUGUAAUAUGCAUGGUUGAAAUAGCGCGUUGUCAAGUAGAACGAAAGGUUAAAUUCUUCAUUGUGCAAGCAAUUCCCAUGAGAAAACGAACUAGAAAAGUUGACGUUUGCUUAUGUAUAGAAAGCAAACAUUCAAAACAUUGAUUUCAUUUCAUUUCUAUCAUCAUGAUAAUCGCAUUCAGCUACAUUUCAAUGUUUUUUCAUACGAUAGUAUUGACCUCGUUCUGUUUGCAUUUCUCUUUUGACAAGCACUUGAGAUUCGUCGCAAAAAGAACAGGUUGUCGGAAUGCGUGUAUUUUUAUAGAAAUUUUUGUUUCUCACACUGAGCUCGACAUGUUUUGUCAUGUUUGUAGCUACAAAGCUGUCAUUAUUUCUCGUUUUAUCUCGCAGUGAAAAUACUCAGACUUGACGGCUACGUUCGCUACAAAUCGUGUAUCACACACAGAUUUUCUCCUAUAUUACUCACUUGGUGGUAAAGCCUACAACAGCAAGUUCCCUGUGUGUAUGUUUGUAAAUAACCUAGUAUGAAGACGAAAUAAAUGAGCUCAACUCACAGAAACUAGCCCAAUUCAGGAAAGAUUUAAUUUAUAUUUUAUUGCAAAACAACAAGAAGCAAGCUCGUGUAUCAGAUGCGCAUUCCUCGCUUGUAUAGUUUAUUACUCGUGCAAUAUGUAAUAAUGCUUAUGCUACCGUGUACAAAGACACUCAAUUUAAAGUUUUCCGCACUUGAAUUGUUUUGUAAGUAUUUAAAUAUGUUUGAAGUGAGAAACAUUUGUUUUGGUGCACAACGUUUGCUUCGUAUGUUGCGAAGGCGCCCGCUAGUCCAUAAUCCUUCCGAAUAUCUCCUCAAACACGCGAGAUAUUUAUCUUCACUUGUCUUUUAAACCACGCUUGGCACUCAUUUCAUUUCAAAAAAACGCCUGAUAAUGUACAUUAUUCUUAAGUUUAUUCUCUAAAAAGUGAUGGGCAUCUAGGAUUUUUUAAUAUUUUCUCUGCAAUUGCGAUCAAAUUAGUAAUCUAGACCUUUCAUAUAAUCAUUUCCGUUGUGAGUUUGAUCAGAUAAUACCUCAGCUUAGCCGUUGGAUUGACACUUUUCAAAUGUGUGCAAUGUCGUGCAAAUUUUAUAUAAUCAAUAUGUCUUAUUGAUUGAAAUGAUGUUAUAUAAAGGAACUGCGUUAUAGUUUGUUUGUCUAUGUGCUCAACCUUGCCAGUUUAUUACAUGAACUUGCCGAGUUUGCUUGAGCAUAGCAAAGUUAUUAAAUUAAAGCAGAUCAAAUAAUGAAUGCUAUUUACAUUUCUCUUGUCUUUCAUAUCAAAUUUUGAAUAUUUUCAGGUCGCUUCUCCUGUGGUCUAAAUGCCCCAUUCAUGUGGAGCGAAAUAAGAGAUGAAAAUGAAGCGUUAUCUUCUAUGUACUAACUUAUUCGCAUUCCACAAACAAUAAAUCAAGCAAAAUAAUUUUAUUGACACUUUUGACAGCAAUGUAUUCAAUGUUAAAACAGAUUUUUACAUGCAUACAUGCAAUCUGCAUUACUUGCAAUAUAGAAACUUCUCAAGGAUAAUGGGCCAAUGGGGGAUGCCGUAUAACUAAAUUUGUGCCAUACUUUCGAAUUUCAUGUUAACCUGAGGUUAAGGCUUAAAUUUGUGGCUUUGGUUACAGGCAAUCAAAUUUUAGAAUUUAGGGUCAAGAUAAAAUAUGUGCUCAUAUUUCAAAAACAUGCUUUUAUUAUUUCAGUACUUAAGUAUUCAUGGAUAUUUCCUUCAUGAAUGUUAAUGUUUGUAGGUAAAAAAAAGUAUAUACAUGUUUACUAGAAUUCAUGGCAGAUUUCAUAAAACAGUGCAAUUGAUAAGAGACAAGUAUAGACAAUCUAACAAGCAUGAACAUAAGUUGUUUAUUACUGAAUUAUGUACGACCAAAGACUGCCUGUAAACAUAUUAAUUAAAGCAGCUUCUCUGUAUUGUAUAGCAUGGCUAGUAACAUACAGUAUUUAUGCAAUAGUUACCAUCCCAAUGUCACCAGGCUUAACAAGAGGGUCAGAAUUAUAUUUACAAUUUAAAACAAUUCACAUGCAUUGAGAUAUGAGGCUGUGUCAAAACAGCAGGGGAAGCUGUCUUUCAUUGCCACAUUUAACAUUAAAUUCAUAAAGCUGUAUCUUACCAUAUUAGAAACAAAUGUCAUUGAAUCCAUGCUCAAUAUGGCUUGCAUUAGCUACACAAUAUGGUUAGGAAAUGUAUGGUUCAAAUGGUUACAGUAUUAACAAUAUGGUUAGAAACUGGGCAAAAUAUAAGAUGAAACAUGAAUAUUAACAUCUUAAACUCAAGAUUUGAGCUAUUUAAUAAACAAGAUAACAAAAUUCAAGGUCAUAUUUCGACUUUAUUUCAAAGUCAUUGUCAUAACUGAUUAUUUACAAGCAUGCUGAAAACUGGGCAAGUUCAGUGAUGUGGACAAGACAUGUACAUACAGUGUAUAUACAGUUAUUCAAAAAAAGUUGUCCUUUGCAAACCUUAAACUCUAAGUGUGCAAAGCAUAAUGGCAGCAUCAUUUAAUAUGUUUAGAAAUCAUAUAUGGGGCCCAUUUCUUAGAGACAUGGUAAAUAUCUCCUUACAAGAACAAUUCAUUGACAAAUAGCUGCAAUAUUCAACUACUAAGCUUGAAACUUGUGCUCCCAAUAAGCUUUGCACACCUAGAGAGUUUAGAGUUUAUGGUUUGCCAAGGACAACUUUUUUUGAAUUGGCUGUAUAUAUUUACAAGUACACAUUAUAUGUACAUAUUGCAUGGUGAAAACUCUGUUGGCUGUUUAUGACCUUAAAAUUAUGGGAACCACUGAGUAUUUUUGUGAAAUACAAAACAAAUAGAGUAACUCUGAACACAGUAAAAUUUUCCAAAUUGUUUAUUUCUGCAUUUCCACUAGAGUGGAGUCAUCUUCAAUAAAGUUGAUUAUUUACAUGUUCCAAUAACAAAAUGCACAGGAUUGAAGGGUUAAUUAAACUAUUUAGAUCUUUUAUAAACACGACAGAGGAUUAGCACAUCUUCAGCUUUUGUCUUUUUGAUAGUUUUCAUAAUACUUAUGUAAGACCAAUACCAUAGUUCCGAUGCUGGAAGAAUAAUGAUAUCAAAGAAAUUAGGCAUCAACUUGGUUCACUUUGUAUUCAUCCUAAAAGCUUUGAUGGAAAUAGGAUUUGCAUGUGUCAUUUUAUUUAGUGCAGGGUUUUGGAACUAGGGGCUUUCUGCCAUUCUCUGGGAGUAUGUGAUUGAGAUUGUAUUGUACCCUAUGUAAUUGCUACAGUACUAUGCCAUUUAUUGCCCCUAUAAUAAGAUACUGUAUGUAUUGAUAGAAGUAUUAGUAUUUUAUAUUUCUGGUUGAUAUACUAAUCAUUGGUUUACACUAUCAAAGUUUCUGUGAUCACAGUAGGAAUUUUGCUUGGGUAAAUUCUACGUUUUGAAGGAUUUGUAAGAAAUUUUUGAGGGAAUUUGACCGCUGAUCUGAAAGGAACUGACUGAACUCACAGAAACUUUGACAGUGUAAUGGUUUACAUUCAACAUAAAUUUUGAAAAUAUGACUGGUUGAUAUAACCUCUAAGAUAAAAGGUGUGUUUUGCCUUUUACCAAAACUGGUUGUACAUCUGCAUUACGUUGUUAUUUUUAGAAAUGAUAGCAGCACAUAUUUUAUAACUAUUUCAAGAAUAUGAAUAUGAGUUGUUAUCAUAUGAUGUUAUCAUCAUACUUUGAAUGUUUUUGAAUGUGUUGAGAAUAUAAUAAUUAUCCUAUAAAAUGUUAGGUGCAAAAUUAAUGCAAAUCUUAUAUUGAACAAGUACAUGUUGAUAUUAAAAAGGUAAACAACUGGAACAUUAAGGUAGUUCGCACAAUAUCUGUGUAGCGAAGAUACUGUACGUAUAAAGCCAUGUUGUGUGACAAAUUUACACUGCCCACUUAUCAAGUGGGAGGAUCAUGUCUGGGGUAAAUCAUAACAGAACUAUAUGAAAGUUAUUUUAGAAGAAAUGUUAUCUUGUGUAAAAAUCUUGAAUGGUCUGUGCCAGGGAGUGCCAAUAAAAAGAAGAAAUGCUUCUACUAGAAUUACAUUCAUAUCAAUUCUUUAUCUAUCUGUUGUAAACUUGCUUUUCAUUGGUAAACCAUCUACUGUAAGUGUGUUGACUUAAGUAUAAAAAAUGAAAGGGAAAAUGUUCUGUACUGUACUAGUUUGCAAUUACCAAGUCUUCCUUACAUGUUGCACAUAGUCCUGUAUCAUGAAAGAUCUACUUCUUAAAUAAUGUAAGAAUGUCUAUUCUGCAUAGGCACAUCUUCCACUGAAGAUAAUGUUCAACUAGUUUCUAUAGUCGUGUUUACACUACAAGCCUUGGCUUUGGCCAGGCCAAGGUAAAUGUGGCACGUUUACACCAUUACACUAUUUUUUUGAGACUGGCUUACUUUGGCCUAGAAUUUUGUAAUUAAUUUUGUCUAUUUUAUGUGUUGUGACGUUGUCCGCUGGUUGUCCGCUAAUCUCUCACUGUGGACACAUGUUGCCAUGAAAAUAAGGCCAGGGCUGAAAGUGUUUCCAUUUCCAAGGCCACCGGUUGUAGUGAGCCCAGAUUUCCUGGCCUAGAUCAGGCCAAGGCUAGGCCAAAGUCUGUUUACACUGUCAAAUUGUAGACCAAGGCCAGGCCAAGGCUUGCAGUGUAAACGUGACUUAUGUUGUCUGGCAAUCUAGCAUCUAUCAGUAGUGGAAUGUUGAGGUGAAACUGCAGAGGCGACCAUUUCUAACAUACUGAUUAGCAAUUGAAGGGAUUUGUAGAUGGAAAUUUUGAGUGUAAUUUUUACACACUUAUUUAUAGACAUAACCAUUACCUUACUUUAUUAUUUUACUCUGUCUAACACCAGACAAAUUCACUUGUCAAGGGGAGUGCUGCCACAUUUGAUUCCUUUUUUUUUUGCCUCACCCUGGAUGAACAAUGUCUUGCAUUAUCAAACCAGAAUACUAGGUGUCAUCUCCAGUCAAUUGAAUGAGUUAACCAUUGACUUGGUUACCGUAUUUACUUCUUUAAGUGCUAUGGCACUUUUUAAACUUUUUCUCGAAUGAUUCCAUUUGACAAAUGGGGAGACAGUCUGGCACUUAAAUGAGUAAAUAUUGUCGUCUACUACAUGCAUGCUUGAGUAAAUGUGGUCUCAAUCACUCGAUAAAGGAUGAAAAUUCUGGGUAUAUUUUAAACAUUCAUAAUCAUUUUAAAUUUUGUUGUUUUUAGUGUAUAGGUUCCCCACUGCAACAUGCAGCAUCACAUGGUGAUUCCUCGUGUAUAGAACUUUUAUUGAAUGCUGGGAGUAAUGUAAAUAGUACUGAUGAAAAAGGAUGGACACCGUUGCAUUUUGCUGUAUUUAAGGGAAAGUUACACAAUGUGGAAACUUUGAUCAGGUAUUUGGUUUAUUUUGUCAAUCAUAGACUUUAUUGACAUGAUUUGCCCAUGUAGGUUACAGCGGCAAGCUGCCAGGGAGCCAUACCCCCCCCCCCCAUCCUCCAAGGGAUUUUUGGUGGCCACAAAAUGAAAAUAAUUGUUUACAAUUCUUAGCUAGACUUUUGCAAACUCCUUUUCCAAUGACUCCUCAACUUCACUGACCCCUUAAAAGAUAGUGGAAAAAAUUUGAAGCAGACUUAUGGCAACUCUGUAUAUACAAUGUAUAUUCUGUUCAUUAUAAUUUAUAAUUUUGAAGCAGUGGAACCAUCUGUGGGGACUUAACUCCACUGCAAAUUGUUUUGAGAUGAUAUCCCAUUCUCAUUAAAAAUGAUAGUUUGUUGAAGACUUGAUCAAAAUUUCAUUUAUUCCUAGGAACAAAGCUUUAUCGUUCCCUAAACAGGACUAGAUUAAGAUCUCCUGGACAGGUUAUCAUAACUUACUUCAGUAUAGAGUUGUAUGUUUGGAUAAUUUCAUCAUAAAUUGAUUCACAGCAUGAAAAUUUGUGAUUGUGCUUUACAAGAAAACAGAUCACCACAUCUUGAAUUAACUACAGUCCUUUCCAUUCAAGCCAAACCAGGCAGAUUUUUACUCGUUCUUUCAUAUUUUAAUUUCUAUAUUAAUUAACCGUUUAAUUUUUACAUAGGAUGAACAGAUUUGUACUCGUCGUUUCAUAUUCAUAUUUUAAUUUCUAUAUUAACCAAUUAAUUAGGUUCAACUUUUACCCUGGAUGACUAAGUAUAAAAUUGGUUAGACGUGCUGCAGACCAAACAUGUAAUUUUGAACUGUGAAAAGGGUUCAGUUUUGUGGUUAAACGUAAUGGCGUGGAAAUAAUUCUCCUAUUUCUACUAGUGUACGUGACCGUGUUGACGUAAACACUACUGGAGUACCAGGAUAGUGAUUUCUUGACCCUUUCUAAAAUUGCCUGAAAAACUACAAAACUACAAACAUGUUAUACCAAUAAAUAGACAUUUUUAGGAAGCUUAAAAAAUCACUAUCCAAUGGAUAGCGUUAUCGCGGCCUUCGACUUCGUACAAGUGACCCUUGAUGUGCCCCAUGGCAUGCUAUCUCCAUUUCAAUGAAAAUCCACGGCAAAUUUACAACUUUGUAUUUUAUUGUAGAUAUGGUGCAGACGUGAAUGCGGUCACAUCCUAUGUUGAACGAUCAUCGUAUAAAGACACUCCUUUACAUAUCGCGUUAUUUUAUCGCUUUCACGACUGCGCGUUAAGACUUAUUCAAGCUAAUGCUAAGUUAAAAUGUCGAAAUGAACCGAAUGGUGAAACUCCUAUUGAUUUAGCGAGAAAACGCCAGCUAUUAACAAUGUACAGAUACAUGGAGAAUAUCUCCCGGACUCCACCGACUCUUAAAAGUCAAUGUUGUUCUCAGAUUCGUCAGAGUCUCAAACCAGACGUUGUUACAAGAGUGAAAAAGUUAUCAAUCCCUCCAGAAAUGGAAAAUGCGAUUCUCUAUCCAAAAUUCUCGAAGCUACAGGAAUGAAUGAAGGCGAGAUAAUAUAUGGUGGCAAGGUCUGAGCCAAGUAAGGAAUCCCAUUUCCAAGCUUGGAUACCAUCCCAGAUGCUGCAUUAUAGCAGCUUAAUGAAACAACAACAUCAUUCAUUUCAAUGUUCAAUGAAGAUACACAACACAACAUGUAACCUUUAGUGGAAAUUAUAUCCGAAGUUCGUGUAUUUUCUGGUGAAACCACGUUAAAACCCCCAAAGUGCUCUUUAAGAUGUCUAUUUUGGAAAAAACUAAUUGUUGGAAAAAUGCAGGAGUUUAUAUUACAUAAAGAAAAUUGAAGCCACAGAACUGGCAAAUUGAAGAAAGGUCUACAGAGUUUAUAUCGUACUGUUCUCGUGUAUAUCUGGGCAUUUCAACUUCGUUCAUUCGUUUGUAUCAUUUCCACUUUAUAUCAUAAGUAAAAUCAACAAUUUGAAGUGUCCAAGUAUACUGUAUGUGAAACGAAACUAUCAGGUGGUGAGCGUUGUUUCCUGCAAGUGUAAAAUUAACCUCCGUGUAGUAAAAAACUUUUUUAACAACAGCUCUUACUCAAUGCCGGAGAUCCUGCGAGGUUAAUUAACCUCUGUUUAAUGAAAAACCUCUUUAACAAUAGUAGUUACUAAAUGAGAUUUGUUUUAUUUAGAGCAUUAAGAUAUUUCCGCGAAAACGAUAGCUUAGGGAAAUACAAUACAAAAAUAAUAUUUAAAAAAUAGCAUGUUGUCAUCUCAAAAAAAGUAAGUACAAAGCAAAACAAAUAAAUAUUGGAGUUUAUUUGUUUGUUUUUGUUUCAACGCGAAUAUCGAAAUGACACGUUGUUAUUCAGGAUGUGUUUUAUUUUUCACACAUUAAUUCGGGAUGUGUUUUAUUUAUUACAAAAAGUCGAGCCUAUUUCGUCGUUCUGCUAUCUGUAGACUCAUCAUUGUUUAAUGUUUAGACCACUUCAGAAUCCCGUUUACAAAAAAAAGAGAAUUGUGGUUGUUCCUAAAAGAAUAAGCCAGAGCCAAUUCGUCUAGUCGUCAUGGUGGCGACACUCCGCUUUAGAAAAAAAACCUAGAAACCUUUUUAAGAGGUUUACGUGCGUUUAAAAUUCCUUGAAGAUUUGCUUCGUGGCCAAGAUUGCAAAUUACACAUCGUGGCCAGUAAGGUGCUCGAAAUCAUUGAUAGACGCUUGUCUGUGAUGGAAAUUCUUUAUAUUCCGUGUUUUGACUAUAUUGAUUGCAAUAAACACUUUUGGUUUCUCAACCAAAAGCAACUAAACUAAAUACUAGAAAUUUAGAAAUUUUUAAUGUUUUGAAAAUCGGCCACUAAUAUUAUGGAAAAAGUAAAGUAACGAUCACAAUUUUCAAAGUGAUUUGAAAAGGUAGGUCAGUUUUGUUGGAUCAAACUGUUAAUUUCUGUGCUCUAGUUUGUCAGUCUUACUAGUAUUUUAUAUGCGUGUUUGAAAAGCUUAAUUUUACACUUGUUUGGUAACCCUACGUCACCACUUGAUUUUGGUACUAGCUUCUAUACGAUGUCAUUCAGGGUAAAAUAUAUCGCGCCAAACAAAUAUUUUGCAAGUAUUUGAUAUUUGACAUUUCAGAAAGUGUCACGCAAUGUUUUCCCUGAGCGGAUUAAAUCGUUAUUCAUUUUAACGCCUCUGUAGGCUCUGCGUUGUUUUAUAAGAUCACGUGACACGGGUAGUAAUCACCGUCAUUCAUGUAAAUCUAUUUUUAAUGUGUCUUUUUAACAUCAAUCUACUGGCUGAUCACGUGAUCUUAUAACGUGCCUGUUAUCUUUGUUCGGGCAUUCCAUGGCAUUCCAACGUCAACACAUCGCGUAUUGAUUUAUUAAAUCCAAGUUAUUCCACGAAAAUUCUACAAUCUUUCUGUCUGAAAGUUAAAAAAAAUGCUUCUAGUCACUAUUUGCAUUGUUAUCCGGCUAAGUCGUUAAUUCAUGUUGUUGUCAGCAUGACGCAAUAAGAAUUACUGUUCCGAUUAUCUCCAUAAGUAUGACAGAUCGUUUUCUAACAAGAAAGGAUUUGUAUUUCACUGUGAAACAUAUUUCAAAUGUUAUCAUGGCAUGGUAUAGUAAAGUAAUUAUGAAAUCAGGUUCUUGUAAAUCUACCGCUAAAACAUUGCCAAUAGAGAGCAUUAAUUUAUGCAUCAAAAACAGCAGUGAAAUAUUAACCUUUCUUAUUUGAGAACGUUAUGCUUUUGUAUUUCUGUGGCGCUUCACCUCAAAAAAAAGCAGGAAGGAUCGGAUGCGUAUUGUCUUGUAAAAGUAAUUGGCUGAGGCGACUUCAAGGUGGCUUCUUUCGCAAGAAAUGCAAUGAAAAUUAUCACUUCACUUCGCACGAAAACAGUCGCCUAGUAGGAAACGAGCUGCACCUCCUAUUUCAUCCAGCGUUUCGUUGAGGUCAGUUAGUCCAGUCAUGUGUUCGGUCAUCUAAUAUCCCUGAGUGCCUGGCCUAACAUAUGAACACGACAUAAUAUAUUGGAGCAUUAACAUUUAGUCCAACCCAUCUUGCGUUAGUUUCCUGUUAAUUUCUGGGAGUGAGUUUAAUUCCAGGCAGUGGAGUUAUUUUGAACCCAUUUUUACUCAAAAUUAGUCCACUGGGAGUUAAAUUAACCCCCUGAAAUUAACAGUGUUGUCAAUUCAAAAAUAGCGUUUCUCGUGUUUCUGAAGCGCGAAGAGUUUAUUCCUUUUUGGAGAGGUGUGCGUGGACACUUUGCCUUUGGAAUGCUUUGUGGAAUGCCCGUUUUGGCAAAUAGAUUAGUAUACUAACAUAGACAAUCCAAAAGAUUUAUUUCUUGUGGAUUGUCUAUGAUUAGCCCAAUAAUUUUGCAUUGUUCAUUGUUGAAAGAAUGUUUUAAUGACAGAAAUGUAUUCAAAAAUUUUAACCCAUCCAUAACUACAAAUGUACAGAAAGUCUUGUAAAAACAAAUAACAUUAAAUGUACAGUUGACAUAUUGUCUUCAUAAUAUGAG